AUGAAGAAACAAACACUCACGGUCUCUUACCUCACAAACUCAUGUGGGUUGUCUUUAGAAUCUGCUAUCUCAGCUUCUAAAAAGGUCAACAUUAAGAGCACAGAGAAAUCGAACUCUGUUCUUGAGCUGUUAAGGUCACAUGGCUUCACUGAAAAUCACAUUUCAUGCAUAAUUUCCAGGUACCCAAAUUUACUUUUGGCUGAUCCAGAGAGAACUUUGAUACCCAAAAUUGAGUAUUUUGAAUCUUUGGGUCUUGUCGGACCUGACUUGCCUAGGAUUCUUUGUUCAUCCCAGAGCACUAUGUUGGGAGGUGAUGUGUUUAAAGAGGUUACAGAUGCAGUUAAGGAUAUGGGUUUUGAUCCCAAAAGUAUAUACUACAUAUUGGCUGUCCAUCAAAUGUCAUCAAAUGGCAAACUCAAUUGGGAAAAAAAGAAAGAAGCUUAUAUGAGCUUUAGUUGGUCUGAAAGCACAUUUAAUUUGGCAUUCAAAUUGCAACCAAUAUGUAUGAUUCGCUCAGAGAAGAAGAUCAGGGAACUGAUGAAUUUCUUUGUGAACAAGGUAGGGUUAAGAGCAUCAGCGAUUGCUAAAUGUCCAAAUGUUUUACUGUUCAGUUUGGAAAGGAGAAUCAUUCCAAGAUGUUCAGUUCUGCAAGUUCUAUUGUCAAAGGGAUUGAUUCGGAAGGAUGUAAAUGUGGUUGGGAUGUUAAAUGUUAGCAUAAAGAAUUUUGAGACUAGGUUUCUAACCAAGUAUAAGGACGUAGCGCCUGAGGUAAUCAAAGCGUACGAGGGUGAGAUAGGAUUUCAAGGUUUCAAGGUUUCAAUGUGGAAUCAGAUAAGCGAGUAA